AUGAGUUCGCCCACCAGUUUUGAAGAUUAUGAACAACAACCACCACCACAGCCACCGCAGCAGUCACAAGCUCACACUAGUAACAACGCAUCUACCACUACUGCAGCAACAACAACAACAACAACACCAAGAACGCGCACUGCCAAGAGCACUUCGCCCCCGUCUAAUGAAGAGAAUGAAGAUGUAGACAUGGAUUCAAACAACGAUCAUUUAUUCAAAAACUCCGCUCAUGGAGGAGGCAACAGCAACUCGAGCAAUGGGGCUCAGCGUGACACCUCCAACGGCAACAAUAGUUCGGAAGAGAGCAACUACUACGGCUCGGGCCACAUGGAGAACGAUUUCAUGAUGGAUAACGAAUAUCACGACUAUGAAGAACUACGAAAGGCAUUGGUGAUGAAGCGCCGGUUGUCGAGCAUAAAACGCCCCCACGGCCCCUACAUCGACGAAGAAGUCGCCGUCGACAAAAACUCCCUCUUGAGACUCCCCACAGAGGUGCUACUACAGGUUUUCCACUAUCUAGAACGAAGAGACUGGUACUCGUUGGCAACAACAUGCAAGGAGAUUGCCGAUUUGAUCAUUGAAAUGCUCUGGUUCCGCCCCAAUAUGCAGAACGACGUGGCUUUCAAAAAGAUUAAACUGGUUAUGGAGUUGAACAAGCACAAGACGCAUUGGGAUUAUCGCCAGUUUAUCAAGAGAUUGAAUUUGUCCUUUAUGACAAAGCUAGUGGACGAUAAAUUGUUGAAUUUAUUUAUUGGGUGCCCCCGGUUGGAAAGACUCACCUUGGUCAAUUGCGCAAAGCUAACACGGACACCAAUAGCCAACGUCUUGCGUGGCUGUUGGCGAUUGCAGUCGAUUGACUUAUCGGGAGUCACCGAUAUUCACGAUGACAUCAUUAAUGCCUUGGCGGAAAACUGUUCAAGAUUGCAAGGCUUGUAUGCCCCCGGGUGCGGCAACGUGACAGAGCCAACGAUUAUCAAGUUGCUACGAAGGUGCCCCAUGUUGAAAAGAUUGAAAUUCAACUCAAGUCUCAACAUUACCGAUGAAUGCAUAUUGGCAAUGUACCAAAACUGCAAGUCCUUGGUUGAAAUCGAUCUCCAUGGCUGCGAAAACGUGACCGAUUUAUAUUUGAAGAAAAUCUUUUUGGAAUUGACCCAGUUGCGGGAAUUCCGAAUCAGUCUUGCCCCCGGCAUCACCGAUCGGUUGUUUGAACUACUCCCCGAGGGAUUCAUUUUGGAAAAAUUGAGAAUAAUCGAUAUCACUGGCUGCAACGCAGUCACCGAUCGGUUGGUGGAAAAAUUGGUUGCAUGUGCACCGAGAUUGAGAAAUGUCGUCUUGAGCAAAUGUAUGCAAAUCACCGAUGCAAGUUUGCGAGCCUUGAGUCAGUUGGGAAGGAGCUUGCACUAUAUUCAUCUUGGCCAUUGUGUAUUGAUUACCGAUUAUGGAGUUGCUGCCUUGGUUAGGUACUGCCACCGCAUACAGUACAUUGAUCUCGCUUGUUGCUCACAAUUGACGGAUUGGACUCUUGUCGAGCUUGCCAAUUUGCCGAAAUUGAGAAGAAUCGGUCUCGUCAAGUGCUCCAUGAUUACAGAUUCCGGAAUCUUGGAACUAGUUAGACGCCGGGGCGAGCAAGAUUGCUUAGAAAGAGUCCACUUGUCCUAUUGCACCAAUCUCAACAUUGGACCGAUUUUCUUGCUUUUGAAAAGCUGUCCCAAAUUGACCCAUUUAUCAUUAACUGGUAUCUCAGCAUUUUUAAGAAGAGAAAUAACCCAGUACUGCCGAGAACCUCCUCCCGACUUUAACGAGCAUCAGAAGUCCUUGUUUUGCGUCUUUAGUGGACACGGGGUCAACCAAUUGCGCAACUACUUGAACCAAGCCAUGGAGGAACGAAAUUACCAAAUAGAUCAGGGCGACAUGCAAACUUUAUUUAACGAACGAAGACGCCGUUUCCUUAAUGGGGAUUUGGAAGUUGAUGAUGACGAACUAAACAUUUGGGAAAGGAGAGGCUUGGCCAUACCCAAUAUCAACCCCGAACUAGCUGAAAUUAUUUUGCAAAGAAGACAAGCGAACAACAACAAUGCCAAUGUCGACUUAUUCAGAAGAAACGACGAGUUGCAGAGAUUUGCGCAACAGCAAAUGCAGCAGAUUCAACAGCAACUACAAAUGCCGCCUGUGGAGCCCGUGGAACAAGGCUUGGUUCCACAGCAACCACAGCGAGCACCACCACCACCACAACUACACCAACCACAACAACAGCAACAGCAACUACAAGAGCCACCACCUCCACCACCAGCACCACCAUUACCACAACAACAACUACAACGGCCACAACCACAACCACCAGCACCAGCACCAGCACCAGCACCACCACUACCACAACAGCAGCAGCAUCAGCAGCCAGCCAGAGGAGGAGCGGAUUUUGACGAUGUGGACGCUGAAGAUGUUGAUAUGGAUGCGCCUGACUUGUUUCCUAGAAUGUAA